AUGGGCGCGAGCGCGAGCGUCGACCAGGUGCAGAUCAUCUGCAGCAACGUGGAGCGGGCCGUGCCGCGCACGCCGCGAGGCAGCCGCGACGUCGAGCAUUGCGAUCGAGAUGGACUCACGGACGUGAUCUCCCGCGCGGAGCAGGACGUCAAAGCGUUCUACGAUGCGGCGUGGGCCGCCUGCGCUGAGGCCGCGGAUGACCUGCUCCGGGAGACCGCUGCGCUCCAGGCGGAAUUCCCGGGCGAGAAGCCGCCGCGGUGCGCGCUCCCACAGGGAGCGACCGUCGAGGCGCUCGUCACGCUGGCCAGCGAGCGCGCCGAGGCGAUGCACGCGGCGCUCGAGCAGCCCGUCAAGGAGUCCGGCGGCGCCUACUUCCAGGGCCCGCGCAAGGGCACGCUGCGCAUCAAGGAAAAGGCCGAGGCCGACUACGGCGGCGACGUCGCGCGAGUCGUCGACGUCGAGCGCGCGACCGGCGUCUACGGCACGGCGAACGACUUCAACGCGGCCAUCUCGAAGCUACGCGCCGCGGCGCGCGGCGAGGAGCUGAGAAUUCUACGGUGCAAGGACAAUCUGCGGGGCGGGACGUCGGGCUACCGCGACGUCAAGCUCAACGUGGACGUGGACGGCUUCGUCGGCGAGCUGCAGCUCACGUUCCAGAGCAUCAAGGAGAUCAAGGACUCGGGCGCGCAUCAGGUGCCGGGGCUGUUUAGGAUCAUCGUGAAGUGGCGGCUCUAUCUUAGGCCGGGGCUGUUGCGGGCAAACUCCCGGGCCCGGCUCUACGCUCGGACUGGAGCAUACGUUCGGACUGGAGCAUACGUUCAAGGAACUACGUUCGGUUUCAUACGAUUAUCUUAG